AUUAUUAUAUCAUUAUUAUUACUAGUGUAUCAAAGCAUUUUUCAACUGAAAAAAAAAACCGGAUAACGCAAUAGCUGAAAGCCCUUUUAGGGUUUUAAGAGCUCUAUAUCACUGGCACUCAGGAAGUUGACAGUAUUCAUUUCCCGGGUCGAAUCCGCACUUGGCUAUGUGGUCACUUCGCCGAGCUUCUGCUACUCUCAGGUUUAAUUGGAGGAGACACUUUUUUAUCUCUUAGCUUUAGCCCUGAUAUUUGUUGGCAUGGGAAAGGGGAUCACCGGAAUAGGGAAGAAGACGAUUAGGAAUCCAUGUUGUCCAAAAUAAUAAAGAGUCAAAGGUGUGGGUGGGAUAGAUUUUGGGUGCCUUGGCAAUUGAUUGGAACCUCACCAACUCAUAUCCAAUACGUAGUUAAAUAUUGUUUAAAGGAAAUGAGCGGGUCUAUUGUAUCUUUCAAGUAAAAUCUGAUCAGCUAUGGUGCAUUGCUUGUUCCUCUUGUUACUUCAUUGAUGUAGAGAUUGAAAAUUCCUACAAAAUUUCCUCUUGUGACUUGUGAGAUUUAUUCAAGAUUACUAUGCCAGGAAAUGAAAACUGACCUAAUUGGUUGUUGAUUACUAUGCCAGGAAGCAAGGAUUGGGGAUAGAAAAUAGUUACACUAGGUUUGCUACACUGCCGUGUGUGUCAACUCAUUUUUUAGAAGACUGUGACAAGGGAGUUAAUUUUCCUGCUAAAGUUGUAUAUGGAGGAAUUUUAUCAAGAAAAUUUCACAAGAGGGCUUCUAGUACACAUUUAGAAUUUUGGGGCACAUGCAGGUUCUGUACUCAGGUAGACACAACGAACACUGGUGAGGAAGAUAAUGAGCUGGACGAUGGGUUUUCUGAUCUUGAAUCUCCUGCAAUCCAAAAUGAUAUCGCAGAUAACAAUGAGGAGUUAGUCUCAGAGCCAGACCUUGCUGAAGACGCUAUUGAUGUUUUAGAGCAAGAAGUUGAGGAUUCUCUGGAUACGGUGGCCCCUGAUAAAUUAUCUAAAAAGAGAUUUGGAUCUACCUUAUUCAAGGAAAUUUUGGACAAUCCCACAUCAGAUUUUGGUGCUAUCGUGACUAAUUGGAAAAAGAAAGGAAAUGAAUUGACCCGCCCGGUGGUAACAGAAGUCAUGGUAGGCCUUCGUAAAAGGCGCUUGUUUGGGAAAGCGCUGCAGCUAUCUGAGUGGAUGGAGUUAUCUGAGGAGAUUGAUUUGACUGAUAGAGACUAUGCUUGCCGUGUUGAUUUAAUUGCCAAAGCCCGUAGUUUACAGAAGGCAGAGGCUUAUUUGCGGAAGAUUCCGAAACAAUUUUGUGGUGAACUUGUGUACCGAACUCUCCUAGCCAAUUCUGUUUAUACAGUGGAUGUGAAAAAAACUGAAGAGAUAUUCAAUAAAAUGAGGGAACUUGGGCUCCCACUCUCAAGCUUUGCUUUCAAUCAGAUGAUUGCUCUUUAUAAAAAAACUGAUAAGAAGAAGAUUUCCGAUGUCCUUUUACUCAUGGACAAAGAGGGAGUGAAACCAUCCCGCUUCACAUACCUAUUAUUAAUCGACAUCAAGGGUCAACUCAAGGACAUUGAUGCCAUGGAAAAAAUUGUAGAGACGAUGAAAAGCGAUGGAUUCAAACCUGAUGCCUACAUAAAAGCAUCAAUAGCCAAACACUAUAUUGCCGGUGGUCACAAUGAAAAAGCCGAGGCUCUAAUGAAGGAGAUGGAAGAAGGGGACGAGAAGGAACGCCGUUUUGUGCGCACAUUGCUCCUUCCUCUCUAUGCUUCCCUUGGCAAGGCAGAGGAAGUUAGCAGAAUCUGGGAAGCUUGCAAAUCCAAACCAAGUGCAUACGAGUGUAUGGCUGCAAUUCCUGCAUGGGGAACUUUGAAGAAAAUUGGAGAGGCGGAAGAGGCCUUCGAGACAUUGCUAAAAAAGCAUGUAAAGUCAAAAGAUCUCAUUUCGAAAGCCUACCAUGUUUUAUUAAGUGUGUAUGCAGAACACAAGAUGUUGGAGAAAGGGAAUGAGCUUGUGAAGAGGAUGGGGCAGAACCAUUGCCAGGUGGGGCCAUUCACUUGGGAUGCACUUGUUAAGCUUUAUUGUAAUGCUGGAGAAGUGGAAAAGGCUGACUCUAUACUGAAAAAUGCAGCCACAAAGGGUCAGAAAAAGCCACUGUACAGAUCCUAUGCCACCAUCAUGGAGCAAUAUGCAGCAAAAGGCGACGUACACAACUGUGAGAAGAUGUUAUACAGAAUGAGGCAGGUGGGGUACACAUCCCGGCUUAAACAAUUCCAAACACUUCUUCAGGCAUAUAUAAAUGCCAAAGUUCCUGCUUAUGGAAUGAGUGAGAGAAUGAAGGCUGAUAACAUAUUUCCGAACAGAACAUUGGCUGGCUUGUUGGCUCAGGUUGAUGGAUUCAGACAGACCGAAUUGUCGGAGAUACUGGAUUGAUUAGCUUCUGGACUGGGGUAGUUAACAACUGAACUGUAGAAUUUGGUCUGCUUAUUAUGAUUUUGUAGUCCAUCUACUUGUGAUAUUUAAUGUGUUUUCUUGUUAUGUUUCACUUCAACAAUCUGAUCGGCGUAUUGAUUGAUUUUAAUUAAAUGUAAACUAUUGCCUAGGUUUUGACAAUAACUAAGCAUUCCAGCCCAGCUGGUUGUGAGAUUACUGAGAGGUCUCGAGUUCGAAACCCGCUAGGCACAUACGAGUUUGAAACUUAAUGGAGUGAGUUUUAUCCUUGAUUA